GCCCCGCCCGACGCCAUGAACCGCAGCAGUGCCAGCAGCGCGGCCGAAAAGGCGGCAGCACCCCUGCUGUGGGGCUGCGAGCUAAACCAGGAGAAGAGGACGUGGACCUUCAGUCCCCAGAGGGAGGGGAAGCAGGACUGCAAGCUGUCGCUUAGUACGAUUUGUUUGGGGGAGAACGCCAAACAGGAGGUGAACCGCGUGGAGAUCCUGCCCCCAGCAAGGCAGGAAGACAAGAAGACAAAGCCCGUCACCAUUGCCUCGCUUCAGGCCUCGGUCCUACCCAUGGUCGUCCUGAUGGGACUGGAGCUUUCUCCUCCAGUCACUUUUCAGCUCCGGGCUGGCUCUGGACCCGUGUUCCUCAGUGGCCAGGAAUGUUACGACACUUCAGACCUACCCUGGGAAGAGGAGGAGGAGGCGGCGGAGGAUGACGAUGAUGAUGACGAUGAUGAUGACGACGAUGAUGAUGCAGAUGUGCCCCUAGAGGCGGAGACCCCUGUGAAACAAGGCAAGAGGCUGGUGCCCCUGAAGCUGAUGAGCAUUGCCAAGAAAAAAAAAGUGGAAAAAGAAGAGGAGGCAGUGAGACCCAGUCUUCAAGAAAAGAGCCCUGUGAGAAAGGCCAAACCCACACUCAGACCUAAGAAGCCGGGAUCCAAGAAGUGA